AAACCUCUAUAAAGAUUUCUAAAUGAAUCUGUUCCACAAAAAUCUGGAAACAAUUUACUGAGACUUAGAACUGUGUGGUUAAAAAUGGCCACCUCCUAGUUUCAUGGACAUCCAUUCUGUACCUUACCUUAGAAGCUGGCCUCAAAAACAAAGGAUCAUAACUCUUUUUGAGGUGGUGGUGGUAGUGGUGAUAGUAGUCAUGGGUCCCAUUUUGAAUAUAAUGAAACCUUUAUGCUCUUUCCCCAGAAGUGCACAUAAGCCCAUAAAAAUUUUAGUAUAUAACAUCUGGGGGUUCAUGGGCAAUUUUGAUUGUACCUUGUUUCAUAAGCUUCUUAAUUGAAUGUUAUGGAAUGAUAGCUGAAUUUGCCUGUUCUGCAACAGUGACUUUAAAAAUGGGAAUAAACUCACGUAAGGAUGUUGGUGGUUGGAUGGUGAUUUAAGUAACUUUUUGCUGGACUGUCUGUAAUCUGUCCACCUUCCUUUUCCCUUCACCAUUUUGGUAAUGCAGUAAUUUCUUGAGAAUCAUCAGAAGUUACAACUUACAUGUUAAAGCAACACAUCAAUGUUAGAAUGGCCACACACAUACACAAAAAAGAAUGGCAGACUGGGUAUAAGAAAAGUAAUUAUUCUCCAAAAUUGGUAAAAUGGCAUCAAAGUGAUAAUCAUCUGUCUGUGUCCCACUGUAAUUGGCUUCACCUUUAGUUACCUAGCCCCCUAGCUAUAUCCCACACACUGCUCAGUGCAGUUUUUGAAUCCAAACCUGACCACAUGCCUUGGCAGAACAGACUCUUCAGCACUCUUCAAGACCCACCAUACCUCUUUAGCUUUGUAUCUCACUAGGCCUCUUAUCCUUGUGCUUCAGCUGUUUGGAACUGCCAUCAUUCCCAAACACAGUUCGUUUAUUUCUCCAUGACUUUCAUGUUCCUCCCAGUGCCUGGCUGCUUAGAGAACACCUUCCCAGCUUCUGAGACAAAGUUCAAGUUGAUGCUGUGAUCCUUACCUUGCCACCUCCCCUCUUUUGGUGAACAGUAUGCACUCAUUUCUCUUUGGCAUAUACCUGGGAGUGGAAUUGCUGGGCCACAGGAGAAAGAGAUGCUGGUUGCAAGUUUUGGAGAUCCCUGUUUUUUAUGGAACACAGUUCUGUAAAAUUUUCAUAAGAUUCCUUGGCAAUAACAUACACUUGUGAUGGACCCUAGAAAUACUGCUAUGUUAGGAUUGGGUUCUGAUUCCGAAGGAUUUUCAAGAAAGAGUCCCUCUGCCAUCAACACUGGCACACUGGUCAGCAAGAGAGAAGUAGAACUAGAUAAUAACACAAAGGAAGAAGAGGACCUUCGCAAGUGGAAUCGGGAAAGAAACAUUGAAGCAGGGAAAGAUGAUGGUUUGACUGAUGCACAGCAACAGUUUUCAGUGAAAGAAACAAACUUUUCAGAGGGAAAUUUAAAAUUGAAAAUUGGCCUUCAGGCUAAGAGGACUAAAAAACCUCCAAAAAACUUGGAGAACUAUGUAUGUCGACCUGCCAUAAAAACAACUAUCAAGCACCCAAGGAAGGCACUUAAAAGUGGGAAGAUGACAGACGAAAAGAAUGAACACUGUCCUUCAAAGCGAGACCCUUCAAAGUUGUACAAGAAAUCAGGUGAUGUUGCAGCCAUUGAAUGCCAGUCUGAAGAAAGCAUCCAUCUUCAUUCACAGGGAGAAAACAAUCCUUUGUCUAAGAAGCUUUCUCCAGUACACUCAGAAAUGACAGAUUACAUUAAUGCAGCAUCAUCUACUCUUGUUAGUAGCCGGGAUCCUGAUUUAAAGGACAGAGCAUUACUUAAUGCAGGAACAAGUGUAACAGAAAAGUUGGCACAGCUCAUUGCAACUUGUCCUCCCUCCAAGUCUUCCAAGGCAAAACCGAAGAAGUUAGGAACUGGCACUACUACAGGAUUGGUUAGCAAGGAUUUGAUCAGGAAAGCAGGCGUUGGCUCUGUAGCUGGAAUAAUACAUAAGGACUUAAUUAAAAAACCAGCUAUCAGCACAGCAGUUGGAUUGGUAACUAAAGAUCCUGGGAAGAAGCCAGUGUUUAAUGCAACAGUAGGAUUGGUCAAUAAGGACUCUGUGAAAAAACUAGGAACUGGCACUACAGCAGUAUUCAUUAAUAAAGACUUAGGCAAGAAGCCAGGGACUAUCACUACAGUAGGACUGCUGAGCAAGGAUUCAGGAAAGAAGCUAGGAAUUGGUAUUGUUCCAGGAUUAGUGAGUAAGGAGUCUGGAAAGAAGCUAGGACUUGGCACUGUGGUUGGACUAGUUAAUAAAGACUUGGGAAAGAAAUUGGGUUCUACUGUUGGCCUAGUGGCCAAGGACUGUGCAAAGAAGAUUGUAGCAAAUUCAACAAUGGGAUUAGUUAAUAAGGACAUUGGAAAGAAACUAGUGAGUUGUCCUAUGGCAGGACUGGUCAGUAAAGAUGCCAUAAACCUUAAAGCGGAAGCACUGCUUCCCACUCAGGAACCACUUAAGGCUUCUUGUAGUACAAACAUCAGUAGUCAUGAAAGUCAGGAACUUUGUGAAUCCGUGAAAGACAGUGCCACCAGCAAAACUUUUGAGAAGAAUGUUAUACGGCAGAGUAAAGAAAGCGUAUUGGAAAAGUUCUCAGUUCGAAAAGAAAUCAUUAAUUUGGAGAAAGAAAUGUUUAAUGAAGGAACAUGCAUUCAGCAAGACAGUUUCUCAUCCAGUGAAAGGGGGUCUUAUGAAACCUCAAAGCAUGAAAAGCAACCUCCCGUAUAUUGCACUUCUCCGGACUUUCAAAUGGGAGGUGCUUCUGAUGCAUCUACAGCAAAAUCCCCUUUUAGUGCAGUAGGAGAAAGCAAUCUCCCUUCCCCAUCACCUACUGUAUCUGUUAAUCCUUUAGCCAGAAGUCCCCCUGAAACUUCUUCACAGAUGGCUCCUAAUCCGUUACUUUUAAGUCCUACCACAGAACUAAUGGAAGAAAUUUCUGAAUCUGUUGGAAAGAACCAGUUUACUUCUGAAAGUACCCACUUGAACAUUGGUCAUAGAUCCGUUGGUCAUAGCAUGAAUAUUGAAUGUAAAGGGAUUGAUAAAGAGCUAAAUGAUUCCAAAACUACACAUAUAGAUAUUCCAAGAAUAAGCUCUUCCUUGGGAAAAAAGCCAAGUUUGACUUCUGAAUCCAGUAUUCAUACAAUUACCCCUUCAGUUGUUAACUUCACUAGUUUAUUUAGUAACAAGCCCUUUCUGAAACUUGGUGCAGUAACUGCAUCCGAUAAACACUGCCAAGUUGCUGAAAGCCUGAGUACUACUUUGCAGUCCAAACCAUUAAAAAAAAGGAAAGGAAGAAAACCUCGAUGGACUAAAGUGGUGGCAAGAAGCACAUGCCGGUCUCCAAAAGGGCUAGAAUUAGAGAGGUCAGAGCUUUUUAAAAAUGUUUCGUGUAGCUCACUAUCAAAUAGUAAUUCUGAGCCAGCCAAGUUUAUGAAAAACAUUGGACCAUCUUCAUUUGUAGAUCAUGACUUCCUUAAACGCCGAUUGCCAAAGUUGAGCAAAUCCACAACUCCAUCUCUUGCUCUCUUAACUGAUAGUGAGAAACCAUCUCAUAAGUCUUUUGCUACUCACAAACUAUCCUCCAGUAUGUGUGUCUCUAGUGACCUUUUGUCUGAUAUUUAUAAGCCCAAAAGAGGAAGACCUAAAUCUAAGGAGAUGCCUCAACUGGAAGGUCCACCUAAAAGGACUUUAAAAAUUCCUGCCUCUAAAGUUUUUUCUUUGCAGUCUAAGGAAGAACAAGAACCCCCAAUUUUACAGCCAGAAAUUGAAAUUCCUUCCUUCAAACAAGGUCUGUCUGUGUCUCCUUUUCCAAAAAAGAGAGGCAGACCCAAGAGACAGAUGAGAUCACCAGUCAAGAUGAAGCCACCUGUACUAUCAGUGGCUCCAUUUGUUGCCACUGAAAGUCCAAGCAAGCUAGAGUCUGAAAGUGACAACCAUAGAAGUAGCAGUGAUUUCUUUGAGAGUGAGGAUCAACUUCAGGAUCCAGAUGAUCUAGAUGACAGUCAUAGGCCAACUGUCUGUAGUAUGAGUGACCUUGAGAUGGAACCAGAUAAAAAAAUUACCAAGAGAAACAAUGGACAAUUAAUGAAAACAAUUAUCCGCAAGAUAAAUAAAAUGAAGACUUUAAAGAGAAAGAAACUGUUGAAUCAGAUUCUUUCAAGCUCUGUAGAAUCAAGUAAUAAAGGGAAAGUGCAAUCCAAACUUCAUAAUACAGUGUCAAGUCUUGCCGCCACAUUUGGCUCUAAACUGGGCCAACAGAUAAAUGUCAGCAAGAAAGGAACCAUUUACAUAGGAAAGAGGAGGGGUCGAAAACCAAAAACUGUCUUAAAUGGCAUUCUUUCUGGUAGCCCUACCAGCCUUGCUGUUCUUGAACAAACAGCUCAGCAGGCAGCUGGGUCAGCAUUAGGACAGAUCCUUCCCCCUUUACUGCCUUCAUCUGCUAGUAGUUCUGAGAUUCUUCCAUCACCUAUUUGCUCUCAGUCUUCUGGGACUAGUGGAGGUCAGAGCCCUGUAAGUAGUGAUGCAGGCUUUGUUGAACCCAGUGCAGUGCCAUAUUUGCAUUUACACUCCAGGCAGGGCAGUAUGAUUCAGACUCUUGCAAUGAAGAAGGCCUCAAAGGGGAGGAGGCGAUUAUCUCCUCCUACUUUGUUGCCAAAUUCUCCUUCGCACUUGAGUGAACUCACUUCUCUAAAAGAAGCUACGCCUUCUCCUAUUAGUGAGUCUCACAGUGAUGAGACCAUUCCCAGUGAUAGUGGAAUUGGAACAGAUAAUAACAGCACAUCAGACAGGGCAGAGAAAUUUUGUGGGCAAAAAAAGAGGAGGCAUUCUUUUGAGCAUGUUUCUCUCAUUCCCCCUGAAACCUCUACAGUCCUAAGCAGUCUUAAAGAAAAACAUAAACAUAAAUGUAAGCGCAGGAAUCAUGAUUACCUCAGCUAUGACAAGAUGAAAAGGCAAAAACGAAAACGGAAAAAGAAAUAUCCCCAACUCCGAAAUAGACAGGAUCCAGACUUUAUUGCAGAUCUGGAGGAAUUAAUAAGUCGUCUCAGUGAAAUUCGAAUCACUCAUCGAAGUCAUCAUUUUAUCCCCCGAGACCUUCUGCCAACUAUUUUUCGAAUCAACUUUAAUAGUUUCUAUACACAUCCUUCUUUCCCCUUAGACCCUUUGCACUACAUUCGAAAACCUGACUUAAAAAAGAAAAGAGGGAGACCCCCUAAGAUGAGGGAGGCAAUGGCUGAAAUGCCUUUUAUGCACAGCCUUAGUUUUCCUCUUUCUAGUACUGGAUUCUAUCCUUCUUAUGGCAUGCCUUACUCUCCCUCACCUCUUACAGCUGCUCCCAUAGGAUUAGGUUACUAUGGAAGGUAUCCCCCCACUCUUUAUCCACCUCCUCCAUCUCCUUCUUUCACCACUCCACUUCCACCUCCUUCCUAUAUGCAUGCUGGUCAUUUACUUCUCAAUCCCACCAAGUACCAUAAGAAGAAGCAUAAGCUACUUCGACAGGAGGCCUUCCUCACAACCAGCAGGACUCCUCUCCUUUCCAUGAGUACUUACCCUAGCGUCCCUCCGGAGAUGGCCUAUGGUUGGAUGGUUGAGCACAAACACAGGCACCGUCACAAACACAGAGAACACCGUUCUUCUGAGCAACCACAGGUUUCCAUGGAUACUGGCUCUUCCAGAUCUGUCCUGGAAUCUUUGAAGCGCUAUCGAUUUGGAAAGGAUACUGUUGGAGAGCGAUAUAAACAUAAGGAAAAGCACCGGUGUCAUAUAUCCUGCCCUCAUCUCUCUCCUUCAAAAAGCUUAAUAAACAGAGAAGAACAGUGGGUCCACCGAGAGCCUUCAGAAUCUAGUUCGUUGGCCUUGGGGUUGCAGACACCUUUACAGAUUGACUGUUCAGAUAGUUCUCCAAGUUUAUCCCUUGGAGGAUUCACUCCAAACUCUGAUCCGGCCAGCAGUGAUGAACAUACAAACCUUUUCACAAGUGCAAUAGGGAGCUGCAGAGUUUCAAACCCCAACUCCAGUGGUCGGAAGAAAUUAACUGACAGCCCUGGACUGUUUUCUGCACAGGACACUUCGCUAAAUCGGCCUCACAGAAAGGAGCUGCUACCUUCCAGCGAAAGGGCAGUACAAACCUUGACAGGUUCCCAGCCAGCCUCAGAUAAGUCUUCCCAGCGACCAUCAGAGAGCACAAACUGUAGCCCUACGCGAAAGAGGUCUUCAUCAGAGAGUACUUCUUCAACAGUGAAUGGAGUUCCCUCUCGAAGUCCAAGAUUGGUUGCUUCUGGGGAUGACUCUGUGGAUAGUCUGCUGCAGCGGAUGGUACAACAUGAGGACCAGGAGCCCCUGGAGAAAAAUAUUGACGCUGUGAUUGCAUCUGGCUCUGUGCCACCUUCCUCCAGUCCAGGCCAUAGCCACAGCAAGGAGCGAACCCUGGGAAAACCAGACAGCCUUCUAGUGCCUGCAGUCCCCAGUGACUCUUGCUGUAGUAGCAUCUCACUCCUUUCUGAAAAGUUGCCAAGCAGCUGUUCCCCCCAUCACAUCAAGAGAAGUGUGGUAGAAGCUAUGCAGCGCCAAGCUCGGAAAAUGUGCAAUUAUGACAAAAUCUUGGCCACCAAGAAAAACCUGGACCACGUCAAUAAAAUUUUAAAAGCCAAAAAACUUCAAAGACAGGCCAGGACAGGGAAUAACUUUGUGAAACGUAGACCAGGUCGACCUCGGAAAUGUCCUCUCCAGGCUGUGGUAUCAAUGCAAGCAUUCCAGGCUGCCCAGUUUGUCAGCCCAGAAUUGAAUGAAGGCGAAGAAGGAACAGCACUGCACCUCAAUCCUGAUACAGUUACAGAUGUCAUUGAAGCUGUUGUUCAGAGUGUAAACCUGAAUCCAGAACAUAAAAAGGGAUUGAAGAGGAAAAGUUGGCUUUUGGAAGAACAGACCAAGAAAAAGCAGAAGCCAUUCCCAGAAGAAGAACAAGAGAAUACUAAAAGCUUUACUGAAGCAGCAGUUGAGAUUCCCAGUCCUGAAACCCCAGCCAAACCUCCCGAACCUGAAAGUACCUUGCAGCCUGUGCUUUCUCUCAUCCCAAGAGAAAAGAAGGCCCCACGUCCCCCAAAGAAGAAGUAUCAGAAAGCAGGGCUGUAUUCUGAUGUUUACAAAACUACAGACCCAAAGAGCCGAUUGAUCCAAUUAAAGAAAGAGAAGCUGGAAUACACUCCAGGAGAACAUGAGUAUGGAUUAUUCCCAGCCCCCAUUCAUGUUGGAAAAUAUUUAAGGCAAAAGAGAAUUGAUUUCCAGCUUCCCUAUGAUAUUCUUUGGCAGUGGAAACAUAAUCAGCUCUACAAAAAACCAGAUGUCCCACUAUAUAAAAAAAUUCGUUCAAAUGUCUACGUUGAUGUCAAACCCCUUUCUGGUUACGAGGCUACCACCUGUAACUGUAAGAAGCCAGAUGAUGACACCAGAAAGGGCUGUGUGGAUGACUGCCUCAACAGAAUGAUCUUUGCUGAGUGUUCCCCCAACACUUGCCCCUGUGGUGAGCAGUGCUGUAACCAGAGGAUACAAAGGCAUGAGUGGGUGCAAUGUCUAGAACGAUUCCGAGCUGAGGAAAAAGGAUGGGGAAUCAGAACCAAAGAACCCCUAAAAGCUGGACAGUUCAUCAUUGAAUACCUUGGGGAGGUUGUCAGUGAACAGGAGUUCAGGAACAGGAUGAUUGAGCAGUAUCAUAAUCACAGUGACCACUAUUGUCUGAACCUGGAUAGUGGGAUGGUAAUUGACAGUUACCGCAUGGGAAAUGAGGCCCGAUUCAUCAACCACAGCUGUGACCCAAAUUGUGAAAUGCAGAAAUGGUCUGUUAAUGGAGUAUACCGGAUUGGGCUAUAUGCUCUCAAAGAUAUGCCAGCUGGUACUGAACUCACUUAUGAUUACAACUUUCAUUCCUUCAAUGUUGAAAAACAGCAACUGUGUAAGUGUGGCUUUGAAAAAUGUCGAGGAAUCAUCGGAGGCAAGAGUCAGCGCAUGAAUGGACUCACCAGCAACAAAAGUAGCCAGCCAGUGGCCACCCAUAAAAAGUCUGGACGGUCAAAAGAGAAGAGGAAGUCUAAGCACAAGCUGAAGAAAAGGAGAGGCCACUUCUCUGAGGAACCCAGUGAAAACAUCAACACCCCAACAAGAUUGACCCCCCAAUUACAAAUGAAGCCGAUGUCCAAUCGAGAGAGGAACUUUGUAUUAAAGCAUCAUGUGUUCUUGGUCCGAAACUGGGAGAAGAUUCGGCAGAAACAGGAGGAAGUAAAGCACACCAGUGAUAACAUUCACUCAGCAUCAUUAUAUACCCGUUGGAAUAGCAUCUGUCGAGAUGACGGGAACAUUAAGUCUGACGUCUUCAUGACCCAGUUCUCCGCCCUGCAGACUGCUCGAUCUGUUCGAACAAGACGGUUGGCAGCAGCAGAGGAAAACGUUGAAGUAGCUCGGGCAGCCCGCCUAGCCCAAAUCUUCAAAGAGAUCUGUGAUGGCAUCAUCUCUUAUAAAGAUUCUUCCCGACAAUCACUGGCAGCACCACUUUUGAACCUCCCCCCAAAGAAAAAGAAUGCUGAUUAUUAUGAGAAGAUCUCUGAUCCCCUAGAUCUUGCCACCAUAGAAAAGCAGAUCCUCAUUGGUUAUUACAAGACAGUGGAAGCUUUUGAUGCUGACAUGCUCAAGGUCUUUCGGAAUGCUGAGAAAUACUACGGGCGUAAAUCCCCAGUUGGGAGAGAUGUUUGCCGUCUACGAAAGGCCUAUUACAAUGCCCGGCAUGAGGCAUCAGCCCAAAUUGAUGAGAUUGUGGGAGAGACAGCAAGUGAGGCAGACAGCAGUGAAACCUCAGUCUCUGAGAAGGAGAAUGGACAUGAGAAGGACGAUGAUGUCAUUCGCUGUAUCUGUGGCCUCUACAAGGAUGAAGGCCUCAUGAUCCAGUGUGACAAGUGCAUGGUGUGGCAGCACUGUGACUGUAUGGGAGUGAACUCAGAUGUGGAGCACUACCUUUGUGAGCAGUGUGACCCAAGGCCCGUGGACAGAGAGGUACCCAUGAUCCCUCGGCCCCACUACGCCCAGCCUGGCUGUGUCUACUUCAUCUGUUUGCUCCGAGAUGACUUGCUGCUUCGUCAAGGUGACUGUGUAUAUCUGAUGAGGGAUAGUCGGCGCACCCCUGAUGGCCACCCAGUCCGUCAGUCCUAUCGACUAUUAUCUCACAUUAACCGAGAUAAACUUGACAUCUUCCGAAUUGAGAAGCUUUGGAAGAAUGAAAAAGAGGAACGGUUUGCCUUUGGUCACCAUUAUUUUCGCCCCCAUGAAACCCACCACUCUCCAUCUCGUCGGUUCUAUCACAAUGAACUAUUUCGGGUGCCACUUUAUGAGAUCAUUCCCUUGGAGGCUGUAGUGGGGACCUGCUGUGUAUUGGAUCUUUAUACGUAUUGUAAAGGGAGACCUAAAGGAGUGAAGGAGCAAGAUGUGUACAUCUGUGAUUACCGGCUUGACAAGUCAGCACACCUGUUUUACAAGAUCCACCGGAAUCGCUAUCCUGUCUGCACCAAACCCUAUGCCUUUGAUCACUUCCCCAAGAAGCUCACUCCUAAAAGAGAUUUCUCACCUCAUUAUGUCCCAGACAACUACAAGAGGAACGGAGGGAGAUCAUCCUGGAAGUCUGAGCGCUCAAAGCCACCCCUAAAAGAUCUGGGCCAGGAGGAUGAUGCUCUGCCCUUGAUUGAAGAGGUUCUGGCCAGUCAGGAGCAAGCAGCCAAUGAGAUGCCCAGCCUGGAGGAGCCAGAACAGGAGCGGGCCACUGCUGACAUCAGUGAGGGUGAAAAAAAAAUAGAGGAAAGUAGUCAAGAACCCCAAGCAGCCUGUACUCCUGAGGAACGACGGCAUAGUCAGCGAGAACGACUCAACCAGAUCUUGCUCAAUCUCCUUGAAAAAAUUCCUGGGAAAAAUGCCAUCGAUGUGACCUACUUGCUGGAGGAAGGAUCAGGCAGGAAGCUUCGAAGGCGUACUUUGUUUAUCCCAGAAAACAGCUUUCGGAAGUGAACCUCAAAGAAUGAGAACCUCAAGCAUCUGGGAUCCAGUGGAGCUAAGAAUCCUGCCUCCUGUUCUCUGAGUGUAGAAAGGGGUGGGAAGGGUCCGUCCAGCAAGGGGAAUGGGGCCAUGUUAAUGAUGUUAGGUACUUAGUAAACCUUGGAGUUAGUGGAGAGGAAGAGGAAGGGGUCUAUCUAAAUAGUUCAGUUUAACUUGUUUUCCUCUCCAUUGCUUCACCCUGAAGGUUAAUAAUGUAGGGUGGAGGGUAGAGCACACUGGGGAUGACCAGAAUCCUUUGGUACUUUACAGCACUUGCCCCUCCCCCCAGCUUGGGUUUUUCUGUCAUCCUCUGAUCUCGCAGGCACUGCUACGAAGCUGCUUUUCUAUACCCAGGUAUAAAAUUCCAAAAGGGAUAGGGCCAGGAUCCCCACCCCUACCCAGUCUGUUCCCUAUAGGCUCCAAGAGCUACCCCAGAGACCUAAAACAGAAACAGUAGCUGGGGCCUCUUUCCAGAUCCCUCACCAGGAAACAUUUCUCUUUUCUUGCCCAACCAGGUCAAAGUAAAAUGUGAGUUGACAACUCAAAGCACUUGUAACUGCUGCCCCUCUCCCUACCUCUACUCCCCAAAAUGGAAUCAUGGAAUAGAGAAGGCCCCCAUGGGGUCAGAAGGGCACAGUACUUACUGUAACUAUUUUUGUUUUAACCUUCAUAACCUGCCGAACAUAUUUUUUUCUAAGAAGGCCAGGCCCCUGCCAGCACAUGUGCUGUUUAUGCGCUGUGGUUCUUGUGCGUCUGCUGUGCUGUGCGAAUGGAGAUUCAUUUCAAAUAAAAUUCAUUUUAAAACCUACUUAAAAAUAAACUCUAACCGCCCCCCCAACAAAAGUCACUACGUAAACUGUUGAGCAGUAUUCACCUAUCAGAGUAUUUGUUGUGAGUGUAGAUUAUCAAUUAAAAACACUACUUCUUGUUUUACUUGUAUAGUUUUCAGUGUCCAUCUCUUAAAGAGACAGUGUGUUCUCCAUACCCCUAGUCCCAUCUUCCCUCCACCUUCCUGAUGACGUCAUCAUCAGGCAGGCUAUCCAGGGUGUCUCCUUCCCAUUCUCUUGACCAGGAGUUAUCAGACAGUACUGUCUCUUUAAAAAUAAAAUUUAAAAAGCUUUGCUUUGUUGUCUUCUCAGACAUACACAUGCAUAUACGUUUUAGAUGUUCUUAUAAGAGAAAAGAUGGUUUUUAAAUGUGCCAAGUUGUGUGUGUAUAUAUAUAUGUAUGUAUAUAUAUAUAUAUAUAUCUGCUGCGUGAUUAGUAAGCAAUACAAUAGUAAACAUUUCCCCAUUACUUUUUUCUAAUACUGGACCAAUGCUGUCCUAAUUGUACAUUUCCUCUAAUGAUGACGACGCUCUGACUUGUUUAGGUAGAAACAUUGACCAUCUUCCAUUCCAUUGAAUCUUUCUUUUUCUCCUUUCUGUGUCAAUCUUGAGAGAAAAAAAAACAAAAGAGACAGGGGAUGCCAAAGAUCCCCUUGAGCAGAGAAAAAGCAGAAUAAAUAUUUUAUUAAAGAAAAAAAAGAGAAUUAAGAAAAUAGUUUGGAGUAUUUUCUUACUGUAGAGAAGCACUGUACAUUACUAAGAGACCUGGGUAUAAGAUACUCACGUGUGGAGCUGGAAAAAUCGCAUGUCCAAGCCCGUUUGAGUGGUUUCUUUUGGUUUUCAUUGCAGGGAGCUGGGUGGGAGGGAGGUGGGAAUAGGGGCACUUUGGGGGUCUCCUUUUAGUCAAAGCAGGAAAUGACAAGAAAGAGAUUAAAAUUCAAUAUUUCCUUUAAUAGUGUUAAACACUAAAAUUUUAAAAAAGACAUAAAAAGAAAAAAGAAAAAAAACUUUGUAAAAUGCGAGAACAGAAGCAAAAGACACUACGCUCUGUCAUUUUAUCUUUCUUUUGUUGAAAGACUAAAAACUGAAAUGUUUUUUAGACAAUCAAAUGUUAGGUAAGUGCAAAAACUUGUUUUUUCUUACUGGUGUAGAAUUUAAUGCCUUUUUUUAUUUUUCGGUUAUUUUAUAAUAACGAAAUAAAAAGAACCCCCUAGCUGCCAGGCGGGUUUUGGUGUUUGAAAUGCGGGGCAAAGCACUACAUCACUGCAAAUAGAUACAGAGUUAGUCUGCAUGUCUGUAGGCUGUGUGAUUGCGGAAAAUAUAAAUGCUGCUAAUAUAUUUCCUUUUUACAAAAGCAUAUCUAAAUAGAUGAUUGUUUUGAUGUUAAUCUUUGUAAAUUAUGUAUUACCAAUUUUAACAUUGGAUGUAAUUGCAUAAAAGCUUGCAUCUCAAUCCUUGAAAGUCUAGUAUUAAAUGGAAAAAACUUUUCCUAACUACA